AAUUGUCAUUAAUGUCAAAACAGCACUGAAUUUGCACAAGUAAAAAAAAUAAACAACAGAACCGAGAGAAUUCACACUUGCCAUCAACCUGAAGCGGUAAAAAGCGGAAUAAUCAUCACGGGGCAUGUAGCCUGCCACCGGUUAGCCGGCUCGCAAUAUUCUACAACUCAACUUAAAAUUCUGAUACACUGCAUUCAACCAUCCUUCCCGGACUGUCGUGCUAGAAGGUGUAAAACCAAAUAGUGUUGGUUCAAAAUUCAAUUUUCCCAUCAAGAGCCGGUAGAUAAAAACAAUCAUGCAGAAAAUAAAGAUGUUCGUAUCGCGUAACCUGGUGGCGAUCGUCAUGGUUCCUUCCUUGGUCGGUCUGCACUGGGCAUGGGAUUCGCUGCAGCACAACAGGGCACUCGUAUCCGACCAGGAGCGUAAAGACUUGCCGGUCGUGAUUGCAGCUAAAGCAUUGUGGGAGCGUAUUACGAAUAAAACGGACUCGAACAAACCGCAGUAAAAGUACGCGAUGGUCAGCACUACAAGCAAUUGUUUGUUAAUUAUUCGUUUUAUUCUCGGAUAUAGUAAUAGAACGCACUCGCUGUUAUGGGUGUAGUUUAGAUAUCAUGUAUGAGAAUAUAUAAAAAAUGGGUAGCUUUUGAACAAAAA